AUGAGCCCAUACGAAGAUGUGAACUUAGACAUAGAGGGAAAAGAAACAGGUGUUAUCCGACCAUGGCUUCAGAAUUUGCAUGGGAGACGAUUGUAUUCGACUUUUGUUCCCCAACAUACCCAGGUUGCUGGAAUAUCUCAGGAGCAUCUUUCACCUCUCAAAGGCUCUAGCGGAGAGAUUGAAGGCUCUCUCAAAGGCUCUAGCGGAGAGAUUGAAGAUUAUGUUACCGGUAGCAUUUACAAAGCUAUCUCAAAGGCUCUAGCGGAGAGAUUGAAGAUUAUGUUACCAAAGCUCAUCUCUAAUCACCAAAGUGGUUUCAUUAAGAGCAGGCAAAUCACUGACAGCAUCCUCAUUGCUAAUGAAUGUCUAGAUUCUAGAAUCAAAGAAAAGAAGCCUGGAAUAAUUUGCAAAGUUGAUCUUGAAAAGGCGUUUGAUCAUGUGAAAUGGUCUUUUGUUUAUGAUGUGUUGCUUCGAAUGGGUUUUGGAGAUUGGUGGAGAACCUGGAUUAAGGGUUGCAUAGAAAAUGUUCCUUUUUCUAUCCUUGUUAAUGGCUCUUCCCAUGAUAAAUUUUCAAGUCAAAGGGGUCUCAGGCAGGGAGACCCCCUCUCUUCCUUUCUGUUCUUACUUGUUUCUGAGGUGCUCAAUAUCAUGUUUGAGAAGGCUUCUGCCUUGGGUCUUUUGGGGGGUUUUUUCGUUGCUAAUAAUGGCACUAAAGUUACUCAUCUGCAAUUUGCAGAAGAUACUUUAGUUUUUAUGGAUGCUUCUGUUGAUCAAAUUCAACCCUUAAAACAUAUUUUUCUUGUUUUUCAAUACGCUUCUGGUCUUCCUACAAAUUUUUUUAAGUGCAGGGUCUUCGGUGUUGGCGAAGUUUCAAAUAUUAAUGAGUUAGCUGAAGUUUUUGGGUGCACUUCUGAAUCUUUGCCUGCCAUCUAUCUUGGAAUGCCCCUUGGUGAUAAUUCAAGGUCAGCAGUAAAGUGGGAAAGGAUCAUUGAAUUAUGUAAGAAUAGGUUGGCUAAUUGGAAGAAAAGAUUUCUCUCAAAAGCGGGUAAGCUCACUUUAGUUAAAAGUGUUUUACUUAUUCUACCUGUUUACUAUUUUUCCCUCUUUAUGGCUCCCAAGUCUGUUAUUAAGAAAAUUGAAAAAGUGAUUAGGAGUUUUCUGUGGGACGGUUGUAACGGGGAAAGAAACACAAGUGGGUCAAGUGGUCUACAGUUUGUUGGAAAUGGUGAAACAGUGCGCUUUUGGGAAGAUCAGUGGCUCCAUGAAGGUAUUCUCUCUUCUUUAUAUCCUAAUCUCUACCAAUUGUCUACCCUUAAAGGAGCUUCUAUUAAGCAAUGUUGUUCUACUUCUCUUUCUUCUUUUUCUUGGGAUUUGGGGGUUUCUCACAGAAGACUCUACGAUAUUGAAAUUGAAGAACUUUCUUCUCUAUUACUAGUUCUUCAGAAUUCUUCUAUAGAUGAAUUGGAAGAGGAUGUGAUGAUUUGGAAGAAUCAUAAGUCAGGAUUAUUCACUGUGGCAUCUGCUUACGAGCUUGAAGUUGGUGAUACAGAUGUGGUCUCCUUCCCAAAAGAGAAAAUUUGGUCUACUAAAUGGCCUCAUAAGGUGGGGUUCUUUUUAUGGCAGGCCGCUCUAGGUCGUCUCCCUACUUUAGAUAACUUGCUGAAGAGGGGUAGUGCUCUGACUACUAGUUCCGGCAACCCACAACCAAAUAUUUGCAAGCUUUGUGAUCUUUUUGCGGAAGAUGCGAAUCAUUUGCUCUUGACUUGUCCUUUUGCAGUUAAGGUUUGGCAUUACUUUCUUUCCAGCGCUAAUUUUACGGGGUCUCUGCAGCCGACUGUGUUAGAGGUUUUGAAAAAUUGGAAGAGCUGUCAUCUCUCUUCUCAAGCUAAGGAACUUUGGGAUAGAUUACCUGCUAGCAUAGAGUUUAUGGAAGGAGCAUAA